AUGGACAUCUACAGGGGACGGUGCAGUCACCUAAUCUCUCUCCUUCUCUUCCUUCUGUUCCAUUCAGAGGCAGCCUGCCGCCCUUCUGGGAGAAGACCCUGCAAGAUGCAAGCCUUCAGAAUCUGGGAUAUUAACCAGAAGACCUUCUAUCUGAGGAACAACCAACUCAUUGCUGGCUACUUACAAGGACCAAAUACCAGAUUAGAAGAAAAGAUAGACAUGGUGACUACUGACCUUCACAAUGUAUUCUUGGGAAUCCACGGGGGGAAGAUAUGCCUGUCUUGUGUCAAGUCUGGAGAUGAAAUCAAGCUCCAGCUAGAGAACAUCAACAUCACCGAUCUGAGCAAGACCAAGGAAGAAGACAAACGCUUCAUCUUCAUCCGCUCAGAGAAAGGUCCCACCACCAGCUUUGAGUCAGCCGCCUGUCCAGGCUGGUUCCUCUGCACAGCACAAGAGGCUGACCGGCCCGUCAGCCUCACCAACAGACCCGAGGAGCCCUUCACAGUCACAAAGUUCUACUUCCAGGAGGACCAGUAGAACUGCCCAGAGCUGUCCUUCCCCACUCCCAGGCCAUGACUCCACCAGCUGCCUCCUCACUCUGGCCCUCAUUUGAGUCUGAAGAUCAACUUUUCCUGGACGUACAGUAGAAGGAGGGAGAAGAACCCUGAUGACAGAUUUCUUUCUGCCUUCAGCCUGUUGGCUGACCCAGUCCCCAUGAUGCUUCUAGAAUGAUCUUUCAAACUGGAUCAUGGCAGGCCCUUGCUCAAAACCCUUUCUCGUUGCCUCUGCCUUCUGAGUAAAUUCUAGACCACUUGCUUGGCCUAGGUGCCUCUGCUCC